GGGCUAAGGCUCAAGGUUGGCCAGCGCGGACGGGCCGCGCGCUUCGGCCGCAGCGGCCGCCUCGACAUGCCCGGCUCCCUGGCGCCGCGGGCGCCGCUGAUGCGACGGGUGCAGCUGGCACGGCGCGCUUCGCCGCUUUCCGCGGCGCGCUUGCCAGCGCUGCCGCCGCCGACGCGGCCAGCGCCCCCAUCGGCCGCUGCUGCCAGCGCCGCCGACGCCCCAGGGGCGGUCGGCGCAGCCAGCGCGGCUUGGCCGCCCGCCUCGACCAGCAGCGCACCCGCGCCCUGCGCCGCUGGCGCCGCUGACGGUGCCGACGCCGCUGGCGUUGGCGCUGUCGGCGCCGCCCGCGCUGCCGGCGCGGCCGCCGCCGCCGCCGCUACGGGCACCUGCGCUGCGGCCGCCGCUGCUGCUGCUUGCGUGGGCCCGUGGCUAGCCGCGGCCAGACUGGCGCUGGCAGCCGAGCUCGCGGCCGCCAACGCGGCGGCGCGCACCGACGCGGACGUGGCGGGGGAGCAGGAGGACGCGGGGAAGGACGCGGGGAAGGACGUUGCCACCGCAGAUCUCAUGAAUUCAGUGCACGACGGACUCCACGCUGCGCAGGUUGCGCAGCGGGCGACGUUCUAUCCCGACCGAGCCGUCGCGACACCUACCAACGACGCCGCCGACGCCCGCAACGACGCCACGCAA